CAUUUUGGAUGGAUCGCGCUCCACGGGAAUAAAUAAAGAAGGCGUGCGAGCGAGGCCAGCUCGAAAUAGCGCCGCGUCGGCAUGGCAGGAGCGGAAGGGACCUCCAAGAUCAACAGGGUGGUGGUGGUGGGCGGAGGAGUCGCCGGCGCGCUCCUCGCCAAGCACAUGCAGUUCGUCGCCGAUGUAGUCCUCAUCGACCCGAAGGAAUAUUUUGAGAUCACCUGGGCAGAACUGAGAUCAAUGAUUGAGCCAUCAUUUGCAGACAGAUCAGUAAUUAACCAUACUGAUUACCUUAGUAAUGGGAGAAUUAUUACAUCCUCUGCAAUUGAUGUUACUGAAGCAAAUGUGUUGACAACUGAUGGCCACUCCACUGCAUACGAUUAUCUUGUCAUAGCUACUGGUCAUGCAAAUUCUUCUCCGAGAGACCGAAAGGAUAGGCUUGAACAGUUUCAACAAGCCAGCCAGAAGAUAAAAUCUUCACAAUCUGUUCUAAUCAUUGGUGGUGGUCCAACUGGCGUUGAACUUGCUGGAGAAAUUGCAGUUGACUAUUCAGAUAAAAAGGUGACUCUGGUCCACAAAGGAUCAAGGUUGCUUGAAUUUAUAGGACCAAAAGCUUCCAAAAAGGCAAUGGACUGGUUGACAUCAAAGAAUGUGGAAGUGCUUUUGGGGCAGUCAAUUGAUUUAGACUCAAUAUCAGAGGCAGAUGGACUGUAUACAACAUCUUCUGGAGAAAAGAUCAGAGCUGAUUGCCAUUUUGUUUGUGUGGCAAAGCCACUUGGCUCAUCAUGGCUUCAGGAGUCUGUAUUAAAGGAUAGUUUGGACCGAAAAGGAAGAGUGAUGGUCGAUGAAAAUCUGAGGGUCAGAGGCCAUAAGAAUAUAUUUGCCAUCGGCGACAUCACCGAUGUUCCGGAAAUAAAACAAGGAUUCCUUGCACAGAAGCAUGCCAUGGUGGUUGUCAAGAACCUGAAGCAGUUGAUCAAGGGAGCAGGUGAUAACAAGCUGGUAACUUACAAGCCUUCUUCUGCUAUGGCAAUUGUUUCAUUGGGAAGGAAAGAAGCCGUGGCACAGUUGCCAUUCAUGACAGCCAUUGGGUGCUUACCUGGUAUGAUUAAGUCCAAGGAUUUGUUUGUGGGCAAGACCAGGAAAGAGAUGGGGUUGAACCCUGGCAAAGCCUAGAAAAAUAUACAGACUUUUUGGAUGUCACUCUCUCUCAACAGAAACAUGAUCAUAUGGUUGUGGUUUUACUAUGAUUAAUUUAAUGCUGCAGUGUUCUGAGUUUGUUAUGCACUGAAAUCCUCAAGAGAGGAUUUUGCUACUGUUGUACUGACAAAUAAUCAUAUGUUUGACAUGGAAAAUAAAUGCAACUCGAAUAAGCCAA